AUGUCGGACACGCAGACCCGUGAUGCCGGCCCGUACACCAGGCACACCCUGCCUGCAUCUUCUGCACCGCCACUGUCCAAUGGCGGCGGCGGCGGCGGCGGCAAGGCAGCGGGAGAGCUGCCCUCUAGCAGCAGAGGCGGCGGUUGCUGCGGCGGCACCGACCUGAAAAGACGGCGCAUGGCAUACGUCGCGCUGGGGAGCAACAUGGGUCAGCGCGUCGCCAUGAUCGAGCAGGCGUGUCGGGAGAUGGACAAGCGUGGCAUUCGCGUCCGGCGCACCAGCAGCCUCUGGGAGACGGAGCCCAUGUACGUCCUCGACCAGGGCAUGUUCGUCAACGGCGUGUGUGAGGUUGAGACACAUUGGAAGCCACUGGCGUUGCUCGAUCAACUGCAAGAAAUCGAGAACUCGAUGGGUCGGCAAAAGGUGACGGACAAGGGCCCGCGCAAUAUCGACUUGGACCUGUUGCUCUUCGAGGGCGAGAGGGUGGACCACGAACGCCUCAAGAUUCCCCACGUGGGAAUCGCCGAGCGCGAGUUUGUUCUGCGGCCCUUGAGCGAGCUUAUCCCGAACCAGCCCAUAAACCCAGAUCGCCCAUGGAAGCUGGCCCAGGACUACCUCAACGAAUUGCCGCCAUCUGUGCCACCGCUAACACCCCUGACGCCCUUGUCGCUCGACCAUGCCCCUUUGCUGGCAUCAAACCCCACGCGUAAAACACAUGUCAUGGCCAUCCUCAACCUUACUCCCGACUCGUUCUCUGACGGCGGUCGGCACAGCCCCACCGAUUCUUCGGCCCUUAUAGAGACGAUCCGUAGCUAUAUAGACGCGGGCGCCACAAUCAUCGACGUCGGCGGUCAGUCCACCGCCCCAGGGGCACCCGAGGUGACGCUCGAGGAGGAGCUCGGGCGCGUCAUGCCCGCGGUCGAGGCCAUCCGCGCCACACCACGGGCGCCCGGCGGCCAGCGAGUGCUGAUAAGCGUCGACACCUACCGCGCCGCCGUUGCCGAGGCCGCGGUGGCGGCCGGGGCCGACAUGAUCAACGACGUCUCGGCCGGCGCCCUCGACCCGGAAAUGCUGCCGACCGCGGCCCGGCUCGGCGUCACCUCGGACAGCGAGGCCAUGGUGGCGGGCGUGCGGCGCUGGCGCAUCGUGCUGGACCCGGGCCUGGGGUUCGCCAAGGAGACGGCGGCGCAGAACCUCGAGGUCCUCCGCGGCCUCGCCGACCUGCGCCGCUGGCCGGGGCUCGAGGGCCUCCCCUGGCUCGUGGGGCCCAGCCGCAAGCGCUUCGUGGGCCACGUCACGGGCGUGCGCGAGCCCGCCGCGCGCACCUGGGGCACCGCCGCCGCCGUGGCCGCCGCCGUCCAUGGCGGGGCCGACAUUGUGCGCGUCCACGACGUGCGCGAGAUGGCGCAGGUGGUGGCCAUGUCGGAUGCCAUCUGGAGGCACUAG